UCUGCACGGCCCCUUGGCUUGCUCCGCUCACUCGCCUCGCUGAGCCGCAGCCGGCCAAGUCACGGUCCGAAGCCGUCAUAUCCUCCCUCAUCAUCAUCCUCCUCCUCCUGUCGUGUGAGCACAUUGCCCACCACCGCCAGCCGCAGCCAUGGACGCCAUCAAGAAGAAGAUGCAGAUGCUGAAGCUGGACAAGGAAAAUGCCAUCGACAGAGCCGAGCAGGCCGAGUCCGACAAGAAAGCGGCAGAGGAGAAAACCAAGCAGCUCGAGGACGAGCUGGUGGCUCUGCAGAAGAAGCUCAAGGGGACAGAGGAUGAGCUGGACAAGUACUCGGAGGCCCUCAAGGACGCCCAGGAGAAGCUUGAGGUCGCCGAGAAGAAGGCGGCUGACGCUGAGGCUGACGUGGCAUCGUUGAACAGGCGCAUCCAGCUGGUUGAGGAGGAGCUGGACAGAGCGCAGGAGCGUCUCACCACCGCCCUGCAGAAGCUGGAGGAUGCCGAGAAGGCGGCCGACGAGAGCGAGAGAGGCAUGAAGGUGAUUGAGAACCGGGCUGGCAAGGAUGAGGAGAAGAUGGAACUUCAGGAGAUUCAGCUCAAAGAGGCCAAGCACAUCGCUGAGGAGGCUGACCGCAAGUACGAGGAGGUCGCCCGUAAGCUGGUCAUCAUUGAGGGAGAUCUGGAGCGCACAGAGGAGCGCGCGGAGAUCUCAGAAACCCGGGUCCGGCAAAUGGAAGACGAACUAAGGCACGUGCAGGAGGAACUGAGGUCCCUAUUCGCGUCGGAAGAACAGUACUCGCAAAAAGAGGACAAGUACGAGGAGGAGAUCAAGGUGCUCACGGACAAGCUGAAGGAGGCUGAGACCCGUGCCGAGUUUGCCGAGAGGUCCGUGGCGAAGCUGGAGAAGACCAUCGACGAUCUGGAAGACGAGCUGUACAACCAGAAACUGAAGUACAAGGCUGUCAGCGAGGAGCUGGACCACACCCUCAACGACAUGACCUCCAUCUAAAAAUCCCACGACCGGAACUGGCGCGCGUCGUCGCUGGAGUCGGCCGCGAGGUUGAGUCCUCCUCUUCUCUCCUGUCACGGCUCCGGGGCCCCUUCUUUCCACGUCCCCGCCCCCCCCCCGCCCCCGAGUCGCCGCCACUUCUUCUUCUUCUCCUGCUGCUGCUGCUGCUGCCACCUUGCCUCCUUCACAGUGGUCAACUUGUUAGGGAGAGCCUUCGCCGAGCGUGACUGCGGCUGCGGCGGCGUCAAUGUGUAAUAAACCUGAUCUCUGUCCGGUUGGGCCGACGAUGGUGUUGUUGUUGUUUUUAUCAAGCCGUCUUGGAAGAGACAUACCGAUAAUACCCCCAUGCGUGUCAACCUGCGCAUCGGUGCGCUCCUUUACAGCGCUCGCGACGUUGUACUCGACCGAGAGAUGAGAGACGAUGAAUUGUUGCAGGCCCCCACGCACCGCUGCGCGCCAAGCCGAGAGCUCUCGCGGUGAUUUCGCCACUGCCGCUUAUUUAUUUAUACAUCCACUCCUGCAAUUCACUCUUUUCACAUCUAAUGCUCUUCUUACCUUUAAUUCUCUCCUGUUCUUACCUGUCAUUCUCUCCUGUCGCCUCUUGCACUUUUCUUCAUAAGCUGCCUGCGCUUAGAAACUUUACUUUUACCUUUUCGCCUUCCUAUCAUCUUAUUUUUCCUCCUCCGAUUUCCUAGACUUGAUUUUUCUCACUCGCUUCUUGCUUUUCUUGUCCUUGCUUCUGCUUUACCUGAACUCUAUCUCUCUCAUCCUUUCCUUUUGCUUCCCCUCCUUCCCUAACUAUCUAUCGCUACAACUCCUUCCCUCACUUUUUCUAUAUCACCUUUGCUUCCCAACUAUCUUUCUCCCCCACCUUUAGCUGCCUCUCCUUACUCUCUGCCUUUCUCUUCUAGCCCUUUCCUACUGUCUUCUUCUGCCCUAAACUAUUUCUUUUUCUUUCACCAUCCUGAAUUGUAAUUAAAUGGCUUGGGGGAGCGUCUUCUUAAUUGCCAGGUUGCGUCUGUAUUGUUGUUCAAAUCACAAGUGGUGUCUGUGAGCUUGCCCGUUUCAGAAACCACAGCAAUUUGACUGCCACUCCCCACACACACCCUCCCCUCUCCCCCCAAUGUAGACAAUAAACCUGGAAUUUACAAUCGCC